AUGGGAGAUUCGACGCCCGAUACAAGACACCAUACUGAUACGGUCCUUUCAGCGGGGGCAAACAUAGGUCUAGAGCCAGACGAGACUACUCAAACAUUCAUCACUAAGCGUAAGCUACAGGAUGUUGCUGGCGCCGAUCUACAUAGUAUUGGAAGUGAUGCUGAUUCAGCGUUAGGCGAAUCCGAAGCUUGGCCAUCAUCUACUGCAUCACUGCGAUCAAGCAUAGUGCGCGCGCGAGAAGAAAAUGGUAGAAUUUACCACGGCUAUAAAGAUGGGAAAUAUGUUCUACCCACGGAUCAGGUGGGAAAUUUUGUUUCUGUAAAAGAAGAGCUCGACCGGCAGGCAUUUCAGUACCAACUAUGCCAAUUAACUUUCGAGAACAGGCUGAACUUCGCUCCAGUCUACCACCCCCACAGAGUAUUGGAUGUUGGAUGUGGCAUAGGCAUGUGGGCAAUAGAUUUUGGCGAGGAGCAUCCGGAGUCUGAAGUGAUUGGCGUGGACCUGUCACCAGUCCAGCCAGGCUUCACGCCGCCCAAUGUUCACUACGAAAUUGAUGAUCUCGAGGAGGAAUGGAGUUUUUCGAGGAAAUUUGAUUACAUUCAUAGCAUGAUGAUGACAGGAGCUUUUAGAGACUGGCCAAACUUUCAUCGACAAGCCUUCGAGAACUUGAAUCCAGGGGGGUGGCUGGAGAUCCAAGAUAUAGAUUUUCCAAUGAGAAGUGACGAUGGAACGAUCCCUCCAGAAUGUGACCUCGGAAGGUGGAACGAUCUCAUGAUGGAGGCUGGCAGAAGGUCGGGAUUCCUUCUGGAUACUUGCGGCCGGGCGGCAGACAUGAUGGCUAGUGUGGGAUUUGUCGACAUAGUGCGGAUACCAUUCAAGUGGCCCAUCAACCAGUGGCCGCAAGAUGUGAAGCACAAAACGCUCGGGUUGUGGACAGAAGCCAACUUCAGCGUCGGUCUGGAAUCAAUGACGCUGGCCCUCUUCACCCGCUUCAUGGGUUGGCGGAAAGAAGAGGUCUGGGAUUUCAGCGCUAGAGCGAUUGCAGAAUGGAGAGAUGUGAGGAGGCACGGUUACUUUGACGUGUAUGUUACGUACGGUAGGAAGCCAUGA